CUUAAAUAGUGAAAUCUCCGAGAGAAGUUUAAAUAAUUGUGUGAAAAUUUCUGCGCCUUCAUUUAGUUAAUAAUUGUAAAAUCUCUCGUUUUUUGUUCGAUGUAAUCAUAUUGCCUGAUUUCAAGUACUUUCGCAUACUCUGAAUUCUUCUAAUUGGAUCGUAUGCUUCGUUUAUUUUGUUUCAUUCAACGAAGGUAUUAUUCAUUCAGUCACACAUUUUUUCGCGUCUGCAUUAUUAAGAUCACUGUUUAAUAAAAAAAUAAAAAUAAGUAAAAGCAGUGCGUAUGUGUAUACAUAAACAUAUGUAUUUACUGAUUUACUCAGAAUAAUUUCCCUAACUUAGAUAUUGACCUGAAAUAGUGGCUAAAAUAUGCUUUUGCUUAAAAAAAUAUUGAGAAAAGAAAUUGUGUUAAAUUUAAAAAAAAAACGUAAAUUGUGAGACGCAGGUUGGAAAUUAAAUUAAAUGUGAAAAUUUGCUACAAAUUUGCCUACCUUAAAAGCUAUAAAUUUGUACAAUUUUAACAAGUAAGUUUGAACGCUGAGUAAACAUCUGCUACAUUAACAGAUAAGCAGUUCGCUUGAGUUGCAAAUAUUUAAGCACGGAGGCGAAAUAUGUACAUAUAUUAGCACAGAUUUUCAAUUCUGUUGCGAAAAGGGAGACCUUUAAUAGCUGAAACUUAUAACUUCGCGUUAACAACCAGAUUGCUGAGGCAGAAAAAAGAAUAAUGAUUCACGUCGGAGAAAAUUCUUGGAAUCUACGGAUUUUUAUCACAGAUCUACGAAUUGAGAAAACUUUGCGGGUACGUGGUGAUCAGCAUAUUGGUGGUAUUAUGCUGCAAUUAGUUGAACCAGAAAACCCAAAGGACUGGUCAGAUCAUGCGCUUUGGUGGCCUGCAAAAAAUGUGUGGUUGACGCGUACCCGCUCUACUCUAGAUCAGGUGGGUGUACAUGCUGAUUGCAUACUUCAUUUCACACCAAUGCACAAGACUUUACGAGUCCAAUUACCGGAUCUACGAUACCUGGACUGUAGAGUAGAUUUUUCGAUUAAAACAUUUGCUUCCGUAGUAAACCUAUGUAAAGGGCUUGAUAUUCGAUACCCCGAAGAAUUAUCGUUUUGCAAACCAAUUGAGGCAGAUCAUCUUAAAAAAAAUUUUUCCAAGUUACCCCAAAAAGCCAUACCAGUAGCGGACCCGAAUGGAACUACCUAUCUACAUCCAGCUCCUGACACAAACUCUUUUAUCCCCAUAAAUUCUGCUUUUAAUGGCAGUAACGGUAGCCUUGAUAAGCACCAGAAUGAAAAUUUUUUGUGUGCGCCGGUAUCACCUUAUGCUUCUACACCACGUCGGGGGGCUAGUGGCACUGCCCCAAGUACGCCUAUCAGUUCUCCAACUGGUACUUGGAAACAAAGUAACAACGGCUACGCAACAAUUGAUUCAUCUUCUAGUCUUGGCGACAUUCACGAAAAUUUGGCUUGCUCGCCAAGGUCACCAAGUCCAGAUGUGCGUGCGCGACUUCUACGUCCACGUUCUUUGAUAGAAAAAGCGCGCAUGAAUGUAGGCUGGUUAGACUCUUCGCUUUCCAUAAUGGAGCAGGGUAUCCGCGAAUAUGAUACUCUCUGUUUGCGUUUCAAGUACUACACAUUUUUUGAUAUAAAUCCAAAAUACGAUCAAGUGCGAAUAAAUCAAUUGUACGAACAAGCCAGAUGGGCGAUACUUAAUGAGGAAAUUGAAUGCACCGAAGAAGAAUCACUUAUGUUUGCUGCACUACAAUUUCAAAUAAAUUACCAAGCUGAUUCGCAUUCGUCCAGGUUUGAUGUGGUAGAUUCCGGCAAUGGCGAUAAUGGAACGUACGAUGACAUUGACACAGCACUGAAUGAGUUGCAGAUUACCUUAGAAGGUCCAAACGCUUCCACAGAAGUCAACAAUAUCACGAAAAUUCCAGAACUUUCAGAUUAUUUGAGAUUUCUUAAGCCCCGUAAAUUUACUUUAAGAGGUUAUAAAAGAUAUUUCUUUGCUUAUCGAGAUCUUCAUCUUCACCUGUACAAAACCGCCGAUGAUUCUCGACGAGGAGCUCCAGAAUUAACAAUAAACUUGCGGGGAUGUGAAGUAACUCCUGAUGUAAAUCUAGCACAGGGAAAAUUUUCCAUUCGCUUGGAAGUUUCUCCCGAAGGUCACAGUGGCCCAAAUAGUGAAGUGUGGAUACGUUGUGACACAGAAGAACAGUAUGCAAGAUGGAUGGCCGCUUGUCGGUUAGCAUCAAAAGGUCGCUCCCUUGCUGAUAGUUCAUACGAGAGUGAGGUGGCUAGUAUUCGAUCGUUCCUUAGUAUACAAAAACCAGUACAGGGAGCUGCCGUUAAUGUAGACCCCCGUAGUAUUGACACCAAUGACUACUUAUCGCCAAGAAUGCUACGAAAAAUGUCUGGUAAAGCCGCUCAACGAAUUUUGGAAGCUCACGCAAAUGUGCGGAAGCUCGCAUUGGUAGAGGCAAAGCUAAAAUAUAUCGAAGCCUGGCAAUCCUUACCCGAUUUCGGGGUGACACUGUUUGUUAUUAAAUUUGAUGGACAUAAAAAGGAAGAACUACUUGGUGUAGCUCAUAAUCGAAUAAUGCAGAUGGACCUUAACACUGGCGAUCAUAUUAAAACGUGGCGCUACAAUACGAUGAAGGCGUGGAAUGUGAAUUGGGGUAUAAAAUGUAUGAUGAUACAAUUUCAUGAUGAAACCGUGGUGUUUUCGUGUCAGUCAGCAGAUUGCAAGGUGGUUCACGAAUUUAUUGGUGGAUAUAUAUUUAUGUCAAUGCGCUCGAAAGAAAAUAAUCAAACGUUAAACGAAGAACUUUUCCACAAAUUAACUGGUGGCUGGGCAUAAGAUAAGAUAUGUAGUCAUCGUCCAGUAUUACGAGUGUUUGAUAUAACUAAAACUAUACGUCUAUUAGCACCCUUAAAUAAAGUGUGAUUGUAAAAUACAAAGUUUAUGUUGCGAUGAUCCACAAAUGCCAAGUAAUAACACCUAUUAUGAAUUACUGUAAUGAAAGGAGUAAAUCUCAUUUUUAUGAUUUCAUUUAGAUAAAUUUAGUCACAGAUAUAUGACAUUGACCAUUCGUUUUACUGGAUUACCUUGCAUUUGGUUGAGAUUUGCCCGACACGAAUCAACAAUAACAUACACAAUUCUAAAUUUAUAAAAAUAUGCAAAUGCGCAUCUUCGUAAAAUAAGAUCUAAAGCCAAACUAAUUUAACUUGAUAUUCGAAAUGUGUAUUUCUGAGGUGCCUUAAAUGUAUUUUUAUUACACAUAUACAAGGCCAUUGUGCCUCUCUUAUUUAAUAACUUUACUAUUAACAUUGUACCAGUUCAAAAAAGUUGUACCUUUUGACUAUGUGCAAAAUGCACAUAAAUAUGUAUAUUUUUUAAUAAUUCACACUAACGUUUUAAACAAUGUAAACGAUGAAAUAUACAAGUUGCAUGUAAACUUUUUCUAAUUUACUUUUAUAUUGCCAACAAUUCCGUGGUUUAUUUGCUAUACUCCCAAAAUCGUUAGUUAACAUAAAGUAAAAAAAAAAACAAUAGUCGAUUUUUUAUCCUUUUGUUUUCAAUAUUAUCGUAGCUACCGGUAAAAAAAGUUUGAGUCAUAAUCGCUAAGUAUUUUAAUCAGCAUAUUUAAAAUCGUUUGAAAUUUGUGUAUGCACGAAAUAAAAAUGGUUUGCAAUAAUGAUUCCAUUACACAUUACAUACAUAAAAUAGUUCAUAAAAGCAACAUUAAUUGUGCACAAACUCUCUAAUUUAAAACAAAAUAUCUCGUAAUUAUUUCUCUAUUACCCAAAUUAUUAUAAAAUUUCAUUAUUCAAAUGCAAAGUUACGAAAGCGAUGUUACGGCCGGUAAAAGUUCUAGUGCAAACAUCACAGCAACGAACGGAAUAGUACAACUAUACCUAUACUCCACAAUUUUUCUCCAAAUCGCUAAGUUGGUAAACGCAUUUGGAAUCAAUUAUUUUAAAUGAUUUAACGUAUUCAUAUUAAGAAAAUCGAUUGUAACUUAUAACGAAUUAACCAUUAAUUGAUAACUAUAUAUUUUUGCAAAUUUAUUGGUUAUUUGUCAACAUAAGCAAGAAGUCCAACACUAAACAUUCAUAUUUUUUAUUAUCAAUUUUCGAAAUAAUUUCGUUCAACAAAGUUGUGGGUUUUAGUACGAUUUUCUGAAACAUUUUUAACUAAAAAUAAAGUAUUUUAAAGUACUGGCGAACUUAUUAAAUGCACAAACAGCCGCUCACUUAGGGAUUUAUACGUAAUAUCUUUUCUUACUGUACUCACAUUCACCAAAAAAGCAGAAAUACCUCACAAUGGCGUUACUACACCAACUCCAAAAUCAAUUAUAAUUAACUGCAUUUUGAUUUAAUUUUUCAUAGAACACGGAUUAUAAAAGUUUACUCAUAUAGCCUUGUGUGCACAUUAUAUAAAUAUUUUAAUCAGUAAUGUCUCGAUGAUUAUGAUUCGACUUUUUAUUAAUUUGAUUUUUUAACAUUUCCAAUAGGCAUAUGAAAUCUACAAAUAAUUUGAAAAUUAGUACCAAUAUACAUAAAAAAGCAAUGCAUUGUAAUACAACAUAAUAAUGUAAAAUUA